UCUAUUUCUGGUUUUUUCCACCCUUUUCUCUCAUCACUUAUUUAUAGAUCUUUACACUUUGUUAUGGCAUUGGCACCUGAAUCCAUGCCUGAGAAGCCCUUUGAUUUCAGCGCUCCUCCGCCGUCUCCCGUCGCCAGAGGCCGCAGGUCCUCCGUCACCAACGAGGAUGUUCUCUCCGACUUCCUUCAACAUUCUCUACGUGUCCCUGAUCUGAUCUUGCCCGACAAGGUCUUUCCUAGGCAGAACUUCAUCGACAACCCGCCGAAGCUUGAUUUUCAGCUGUUGAGUUCCAUGGAAACCGAUUCUCUUUUCAACGUUCUCGAUUCCAUUGCGAGAACUGGAUGCUUUCAGUUGGUGAAUUAUGGGAUUCAGGCAGAUUGUAUCCGAUCAGCCCUGGGAUCAGCUUCUGCCAUCUUCCAACUACCACCCGAGAAACGAACGGCGGUGACACGGUCACCGGAGAAGCUAUACGGGUUCGAGGAACCUCAUGGGGAAGAAGAUGGUGAAGUUGAAGAGUUUCUAUGGUGUAAAGGUGAAGGCUUGAAGUUGGCAAUGGACAAAAUUUGGCCUGUUGGGUACUCAAAUUUCAGUGACAAGAUGGAGACUUUACUGUCUGACAUUGAGAAAGUGGCUGAGAAAAUUCUGGGAAUCAUCAGCCAAAGUUUCCCACCAAAAACUGGUUAUGAAAAUGGCAUGAUUGAAGGGCAAGGUGCCAUUUGUCAUCUGUACAAGCAUAACCGAGCUGAGAAAUGCAGUGGAACACUAAGAUAUGAUGUGAUCAGAAUGCUGAUAAAGGGGUUUGAUUAUUCACAUGCCUUGUGUUUGCAUGCGUGUGAUGGAUUAUCUGAGUUUCAUGUGUACUCCAAGAAAGGAUGGGUAUCUUUCUGUCCUGAUAAAGAUGCUUUGGUCAUAACAGUUGGGGACCAAACCCAGGCAUUAAGUGGGGGGCAAUUCAAGCAUGUAAUUGGGAGGCCCAUUUAUAAAGGAGAGAAAGAAGAUCACAUUUCAAUGGCUUUCCUUUACUCUCCUCCAAGCAUUGCGACCACCGCCGUUUCCGCCACAACCACCACCGCCAGGGUUGAUCCACAAAAAGGGAACAUUAUUUCUCUUAGCCAACAGGCCAUGGCUGUAAUAGUUUUGACUCUUGUAUACUAUAUUUUAGUCUAUCUUUAUAACAAAUUCUGAUGUUGUUUGUUAAG